AUGAGCAACUUCAACGAGAUCGCCCAGCAGUUUGUCACUUUCUACUACCAGACUUUCGACACCCAGCGCGAAAACCUGGCUGGUCUCUACCGUGACCAAUCCAUGCUCACCUUCGAGACGAGCUCCGUCCAGGGUGCCGGUGCCAUUGUCGAGAAGCUUGGCGCUCUUCCUUUCCAGAAGGUGCAGCACCAGAUUGCUACCUUUGACGCUCAACCCUCCAGCGAGAACGGUAUCAUCGUGCUGGUCACCGGUGCUCUCCUUGUCGAUGAGGAACAGAAGCCCAUGAACUACUCCCAGCUCUUCAAGCUGAUGCCCGAGGGUACCAGCUACUUCGUGCUCAACGACGUCUUCCGCCUGAUCUACAGCGCCUAA